UCUAGAAUUGGUGGCACUAUGGUUCCACCACAUACUGUAACUGUUGCAUUAGAAAUUGUAUCAUAUGUUGGUGUAUCUCUCUCACUAUUAGGACUAGUACUAACAAUACUAACAUUACUGAUAUUCAAGUCAUUAAGACAGAGAGAUGCUAGCAAGUUUCACAUUCAACUCUGUCUCUCGUUGAUUUUCAUGUUAAUAGUAUUUGUUGUUGGUAUUGAUAGAGUAUCAGUGAGAGCUGGUUGUAUAACAGUUGGUGUUCUCAUUCAUUACUUUGCUCUUGUAUCAUGGAUGUGGAUGGGAGCUGAGGCUGUACUAAUGUUUAAAAAAAUAGUUGUUGUAUUCUCAAAUAUAACAAUAAAGUAUCUUCUUGUUUUAUCAGUCAUUUGCUGGACUCUUCCUUUACUACCAAUCAUAAUUGUCCUAUCAAUAAAGGAAGAUUAUUAUAUUACUUUCUAUAGUAACACUAAUGAUCAAGUUGGAUUUUGCUUUUUAGGACACUUAACAGUAUUUCUCACAACAUUUCUAGUUCCAGUGUUUCUCAUUCUCAUAUUUAAUUUGGUCAUGUACAUUCUUAUUCUUCGAGUUCUUAUCUUGCAUACUGUGAGGAAGAAACAGCGACAAGGAAAAUCAACAAUGACUCCAUCGGAAGCAGUCAAAAUGAUACUGUCUUUCACUGGUAUAAUGUUCCUCCUUGGUUUGACAUGGAUCUUUGGUAUCUUCACUUUUAUUUCUGAGCCUGGAGUUUCCUAUACCCUUCAGUUCUUAUUUGCUUUCUUCAAUGCUUUCCAAGGAUUCUUCAUAUUCAUAUUCUUUGUUGUGCUGAGCAGUGAUGCAAGAGCAGCAUGGAAAUCCCUAUUGUGUCCAUGGUCUAUAGAAAACAAACAGAAGACAUCAAAAUGCCAUCUUUCCUCUGAUAAAAAGACAAUGAUAGAUAAAAAAUCAGACUUCAGUGAUUUUUCUAAAAACAGCAGUGAUUAUUCCUCUCUCCCUCCUUCUCUUCCUACUCCAUUUCUUCCUUCGCUGUCUGAAAAUGAAAAUCGAGUGGAUGCAACACCUAAAAGUAUUGGAGACAUAGAAUUCAAAGGAGCCCGCAUAACACGUAGAUCAACUCGCAAGCAUACUCAUCACAUUGAGGAAGUUAAGUUGGAUUUCUUUGACAGUGAUACUGAUGACUACUUUGAGAAUGACUUUUAACUCAUAUCUACAGGAUUUAGCUACUAUUAUAUGUAAUACCCAAUGUGUAAUUGGAUUUUUGUUAAUCUUUAUUUAGCAUUCAUACAAUUUUAA